AUGGGCUCGACGAAUGCGAUCGCCCCAGGUCGACCAUCUCCAAGCACAGUAGCCGAGCAUGUUGCCGGCUCUGCGCAAGCGUGGCACGGCCAAAUCACGCCGGACGGACCAUUUCCUCCGCAAAGAGGCAGAUAUCAUUUAUACGUCGGGUUAUUCUGCCCGUUUGCGCACCGGGCCAAUCUGGUCCGGCACCUGAAAGGUCUGACAGACAUCAUUGACAUCUCCAUCGUGAAACCAUACCCCAAGGGCGACGAGCAUGGCUGGCCGGGCUGGCAGUUUCCGAGCUCGGAUGACGAGUACCCCAACGCAACUGUCGACCGCUUGUUCGGCAGCAAGUUCCUUCACGAAGUAUACUUCAAGGCCGACCCGGAGUACAAAGGACGAUAUUCCGUGCCUGUGCUCUGGGACCGCGAAACCGGCACGAUCGUCAACAACGAGAGCCCCGAACUGAUGCGGAAUCUGCAGGUCGGGUUCAACACGCUCUUACCGGAGGAGUACGCCACGGUGACGCUGUACCCGGAGCAUCUGAGGCAGAAAAUCGACGAGGUGAGCGAAUGGAUGCAACGAGACCUCAACACGGGGGUGUACAAGGCCGGCUUUGCCCCGGACCAGGACACGUAUGACCAGAAUGUGCCUCGUGUGUUUGCCGCGCUCAACAAGGUCGAGAAGAUGCUGGCCGGCAAUGGAGGACCGUACAUCCUCGGAAAGGAACUCACAGAGGUGGACAUCCGGGUGUACGCGACGGUCGUGCGCUUCGACACCGUGUAUGUGCAGCAUUUCAAGUGCAACUUGGGGGCCAUCCGGCAUGAUUAUCCCCAGGUGAACAACUGGUUGAAGAAUCUGUACUGGAAUGUCAAGGGGUUCAAGGAGACGACGGAUUUCAAACACAUCAAGGAGAACUAUACAAAGAGUCAUUACGAUAUCAACCCAAAAGCUAUCACACCGAUGGGGCCUUAUCCCGAUGUUGAGGAAGAGCCGUACGAGCCUGAUCUUAGCAAGGUCAGGGUCGGGGGCGUUAGGAUGCCCAAGGUGAUGGAAUUGGAACGACAGUUGCCGGGAUGA